AUGAGGUGCUCGGGCUUCCUCCAAUUAUCGAUCAACCUUGCCAUCGUGGUCGUCUCGCUACUCGUCGCUGCUACCGCGGCACAGGGCAAUGGCAACGCAAACAACAACAGACCCAAGAGCCGUAGACAGGCGAACUGCAAUGCAGAGACCUUCGCUAAUGUGCUCCCCUCCUCGGCCAAGGUCGAGAAGGUCGAGUACGUCAGCGCGGGCAGCAGCUUCGGCGAACCCUUGACAGAUCUCAUGUACCCGAUCGCGCCGACGAACCUGCCGGAGCUAUGCGCGGUCAUCAUCGCCGUCGCAUCGUCUCCCGUGUCCUCGUACAGGAUCGGCAUGUUCCUGCCCGCGGAAUGGAACGGUCGCUUCCUCGCGGUCGGCAACGGCGGGUUCGGAGGCGGCAUUAAUUGGCUGGACAUGGGCGCGGGCGUGCGCUACGGCUUCGCCGUCGUAUCCACCGACACGGGCCAUAAUUCGACCACGGCCGACAUCCGCUGGGCGCUUAACCAGCCCGAGAUGAGGACCGAUUGGGGGUACCGCGCGCUGCACGGCACGGUGGUGCUUUCUAAGACGCUUGUCGCGACGUACUACGCUAAGCCUAUCAGCUACUCGUAUUACAGCGGCUGCUCGACGGGCGGACGGCAGGGGCUGAAGGAGAUGCAGAUCUCGCCGGAUAGUUUCGACGGCGUGUUAGUCGGCGCCCCGUCUUGGUAUACGGACCACCUCAACACGUGGGUCGGCAAGAUCGCGACGUACAACUGGCCCGCCGACGAGUCGAAGCAUAUUCCCUGGGAAUCGCUGAAGCCGAUCGGCGCGGCGAUCGUGAGCCAGUGCGACGCGAACGACGGUGUGACCGAUGGCAUCAUCAGCCUUCCGGAGCAGUGCAAGAUCAACUGGGACGGCAUGAAGUGCACGAAUAACGGCGGCGACUCCGACUUCUCGAAGUCGAAGGAUUGUAUGAACGACGACCAGAUCGGCACCCUGCAGAAGAUGUACGACGGCUUCGUGCUCGACUCUACGGGGCAGCAGAUCAUGCCGGGGUACCUGCCCGGGUCCGAGGACCAGAUGUACACCGUGCUCAACUACUCGGACGCGAGCCCGUACGGCGUGGGGUACAUCCGCUACUUCGUGCUGAACGACCCGAUGUUCAUGGCCGAGCAGUACAACGAUAGCAUCCUGCAGCUCGCGACGUCCUUGGACCCGGGAAAUUCGACGGCGGAUGAUUACAAUCUAACCACGUUCCGCGACCGCGGGGGUAAGAUGCUGUUAUACCAUGGGCAGGCGGACGGACUGGUCCCCACGACGGCGGGGAGCCUGUAUUAUAACCGCACAGUCGAAACGACGAGCGGCGGCAACGUGACAGAAGCGCGGAAAUUCUUCCGCAGGCUCGAGAUCCCCGGGAUGCAGCACUGCGGGAUGACGGCCGUAGACGCGCCGUGGGCCUUCGGCGGCGCGACGCAAGCUUCUUGGUUGGGCAACGAUACGUACAGUGUUCCCGGCUACGCGGACGCGCAGCACGACGUGCUCCUCGCGCUGGUCAAUUGGGUGGAGAAGGGCGAGCCGAUCGACCAGGUGAUCGCGACGACGUGGAAGACGAGCACGGAUCCGUCGAGUGGCGUGCUGAAGCAGCGGCCUAUCUGCACGUAUCCCAAUACGGCGACGUUUAAUACGUCGGGCGAUGUGAAUGAUGCUGCGAGUUGGAGUUGCGGUACUAAUAGCAGUGGUAACAGUACUGGGGAAGCGACUCACAGCGCGGCUUCUAUGACUUACAUGAACCCCUUCUCGGUUAUUGCAGAUAUCUUUAGGGUUUUUGAUAUCAUAUGA